AUGGCACAACGCAGCUCGAGGCCCGAUGCUCAAGAGACGGGCACUGUGAGAAGCCUGCGCAGCAUGGGCUCGGGAACAGACGUACUUUCGAUAUCCACAAGGUCUUCAAGAGCUGCGCUUCCUCAUGCAAGGCCACAGCCUGCAUACGUUUCGGAAUCUGAGGCGGAGCAAUUGGUCUACGCGGAGAUUGAGCAACCGACCAGGAUCUCGGAAAGCGCACUUUCCUUGGUCAAUGGCUUUCUCGACCAGAUCCUCUAUGACAUCCUAUCAAGAUCGCGUUCAGUUGCGUUGAGUGCACUUCGAUCUGCGGUACCGAUUGUCUUGAAACAAAGAUUGGGACACUCUGCAGUGAGCGCAGCCGACGAAGAAUUGCAGGACUACCUGGACGAAGAUGAAAUGGAGGAAAUACAAUCUGCUGUUGCUGUCCUAGAUCCAAAGGCAGAAUUUGACGUCGACCUCAGCUGGAAGCUCACAAGACUCCGCUGUAUGGUUUAUGCGAAGCUAGGAGACAUGGAAGAGGAAGAUGAAGAAGACUAUCUUGACGAUGACGACUUGAAGGUACAUAUCGGUAGGGCGAAGGAAUCGGUCAGAAUCGGCGCUGCGAUUACGCCGCCUGCGGCUAUCUUUUUGACCUCUGUCCUCGAGUUUUUGGGCGAGCAGGCUCUCUGCAUUGCGGCACAACAUGCGAGGAAGCGUCACUUUUCCUACAAACUUCAGAGUGCGGCAGACUCCAUGGUCGCGACUCAAGAACAUGACCAGGGUGUCAUUCCACUAGAGGAAAUAGACAUGUCAGGUGUUGGUAAAGAGGGGCCCCUGAUCCGGCUUUGGCGCUCCUGGAAGGGCAGCAUUCGCAGUGGAGCUGGCAUGUCUUCUCGCCCAACGACACCCAUCAUCCUUUCUCCCACGGCUCCAGACUCUCCUGGCCACGACUGGAAGUUCCCUGCUGUCCCGCCGAUAUCGACCAUCCAGGAAGAACGCAGCCCCUCUAUCCGUCCAGCAGACAGUCCGCUACCGGCUGAAAUUCCUCUUCCAAUAUCAGACCAUGAUGUGGAAGAGAUUGAAAUACCGGGUCUCGCGCCCACCUUCGAAAGCGAAGACGACGAAAGCCCCGGUGAUCGCCCCACGCUCGAGAAGCGGCGGCCCUCGUCCAUGUUAAUCAUGCCUGGCAAUUUCCCGUAUAGUGUGUCACCAUCAGCGGAUCAAAAACAGGACAACGAUAGACCUGUUUGGACACGCCGACGAUCGCAAUCUGUACCGACGUCGCCCCAACCUGCUUCAGGCGUGCAGUUGAGGCAAAUUGAAAAAGAAAGGACGCCCGAUUAUAGCAUGGAGGGUGUAAUGAACACGUCCAGCAGUUCAGAAGACCUCGGUGACACCGUCCCCCAAUAUGCACGCGAGGACAGCAACUGCAGUCCAAGGCCGAACAGAAUCAGCACCACCGUGGCGACUAUCGCUGGAGCAUUAAGCAUUGAAGCGUCCAGGGGAUAUCGGAGAGAUCAACCGAGUUACCUCCAACCAGCCACAGAUUCGGACAGGGCUGCUUUACAAGCAAGUCCCAGCGAUCACACAACGGAUGAUCCUGAUCCCAUUGCGGCAGGACAAGGGUCCCACACUGCUUCAACGACAGGAGGCCAUGAAGGCGAUAUUGAUCCAGAGGACCUUGCAUUGAGUUCCAGUGAUGAGAGAGAAGUCGUCGAAGAAGACCGUUCAAACCUCCGCGACUCUGGAUUUGGCGUGGCUGGUUCGGAAGACGAGCUUCCGGCACAUGAUCAGGCAACUACCGCUCCUGAACAAGGUUUAACGACAGCAGACUCCAUUCAAGUGGAUAAUCAUAAUAAUGACUCGACCCAAGAACAAAGUGCGAGUGAUGGGACAGAAGUUGACAACUUGGGGACAGCUGCCAUUUUUUAUCAAGGUACAGCCGGAAGCGGCGGCCACGGCAGUCCUGAGUCUACAUCUUACAGGCAGCCGGAGCGGCCGGACGUCUCCGUUCCUACCUCGACCGCAAACAAGGCAGGAGCAACAAACAGCUCUGCGUGGCCUGUCGUGAUUCAAGGCCGGACAUCGUCUCUUGAGAGCAAGGCUUCUGCGCCAUCACCAAUUCAGAGAAGUUUACCUAACCAAGUUCCAACCCGACAUCAAGCCGCACAGGAAAGAAUGGGCCAUACUCCGCAAGACGGGGCCCCACAAUAUGCUACCUCGCCCUUCGCUGCUGGUCGCGACGGACAUGACUUAGUCCAGGUCGCACAGGCAGGGAUUACAAGUACAGGAAAAGAUGGAAUGCCGUCAACGGCUGGACGGCAGCAUGUUCGGCUUCAAACAGACAUUGAUGAUGGGCCCCGGCGACCUUCUCCACCGGAUGAAAUGGACAGAGCAAAGAAGAGCCUCGAUGUCCUCAUUGACAGCGAUGAGACACUUCGUAUAACACUCACCCCCAAGUCUGCCAGAGCCGCCAAUGAGGUACGUCUGCUGCAUUCCACGAGGGGGCCAUCACUGACCGUUUUGCAGAAGCCUAAAGUUAAAAGUCAGACUCAAGAACUGGCGGACUUCUUCCGAAACACUGCUCCACCCGGAGAGGAGGUCACUCGGCCAAAAUCGUCUCGUUCUGCCAAAGGCAUCAUCGAUGAUCUUCGAUCGAAACCUCAAUCGUCCAGCAAGAUUCCAUUGCCUGGCAGUAUCAAAUCCAGUCCGGCUCAAUCGAACCUUCAGCAACCCGUGAGCUCGCCUCCAAGGCCUAAGAAUCCCCUUGGUGAACCACGUGACCCUAGAAUGGCCAGAUCUUCGACUAGAGAUCUUGCUGAUUAUGCACGCUCGACUGGGCCAGAGAAUGAAGCGCAACUUCCCAAGCCGUUAGCCCCCCGACCUGGCACUGGUCAAGAGACGGCAGAGAGUGAGGACCGACUCGCGACAACGUCCGGCAAACCUGUUCAUCGUCUCAAGUACCAGGCGCGAGAUGCACGAGGUCCUCGAACUGCCGAAAGCUCAGAGCUCAUUGAUUUCAUCAGAGAAGGUCCGCCUCGACCACCAGGAGAUCAUCGAAUUGACCGACACGUGGCGCCCUUCCGGACGACCAUGGACUCGGAUGAUUUGAAUGCGCUUGCUCCUCCAGAAAUGGAUAGUAAAGGGCGAAGCUCUGUUGGCAGUACACAUGAAAGCGCAAUAACGGUCAAGUCCAUGCCAUCGUCGAUGAAUUCGCGUACAGGUCUCCUCGACUCAACCAACCGCAUGGCUAGCAAAUUUCCUAAUGGAAUAGGAAACUCUGCACAUCCUAUUCCUAGGCAGCCUGCCAUCCCAGAAGCUGAUGGUAUGCCCAAGAGGACUCGGCGAAGGGUCCGUGACCCAUAUGCGAUUGAUUUCAGUGAUGAGGAGGACGAAAUGAAUGAGCCAUCCGCUCCCCAACAGCGGAGGGCGGAGGAGGAGUCUUUGGUUGAUUUUCUCAGGAACACCGCUCCCCCACCUGGCAUGACGACCCAGCCGAUUCUGGCUGCCGUGCCAGAUCCAGAUCAGCCGAACCCAUCGGUUGGGGUAAAAAGAUCGACGAGCAGCUCGAAGCUGAGAGACUAUUUCCAGGGCUCGAUGUCGGGCAGGAAUGGCGCUACUAUGAAGCCGAGUAAUGGUGCUCGUGCCGAGUCGCCCCAUCUCACUCAAGUGGGUUCGAAGAUGGACAAAUACAGGCCGACGCAACCUACCCAUGCAGCGCACGUUGAGCGCAAUCGACAGAGGAUGCGUGCGGAGCCAAGAGAUCCAAGUGCUGCGAAUGGUGGCGACACUGCUGAUCUUGCUGCGUACCUCAAGAAUUCAGGGCCGGACCCAGGAAAAGAGAUUCCACCGCAGAAAUUCAAUCUAGGUGGAAAGGACCACGUGGGCUUCAUGAGAUUCUUUCAGAAACGGAGCAGCGUGAAAAGAGACAGAACGGUGACUUCUAGCUGA